AGUUGCGGCGAGUGGGGGCUACUCUUUGUUGUGGUGCGUGGGCUUCUCGUUGUGGUGUCUUCUCUUGUUGCAGAGCACGGGCUCUAGGCAUGUGGGCUUCAGUAGCUGUGGCACGCCAGCCCAGUAGUUGUGGCUCACGGGCUCUAGAGCACAGGCUCAGUAGUUGUGGUGCACGGGCUUAGUUGCUCCGCGGCAUGUGGGAUCUUCCCGGGCUAGGGCUCCAACCUGUGUCCCCUGCAUUGGCAGGCGGAUUCUUAACCACUGCACCACCAGGGAAGUCCCUAAAUUUCCUUUUUUGCUAAGCCAAUGUGAGUUAAGAUUCCGUCCCAUCCUCUGUCACUUGCAUUGAAAGAGCUCUAAUAAAAACCAUGGGCACUUUGUUAAAUGCUGGGUAUGUCCUGGUGAACAAAAUAACACUGAGCAUCAGGAAAGUACAAAUAAAAACCACAAUGGAAUACCACAACAUACACACCUGAAUGGCUACAAACAACUGACAAAAGCGGUGUUGAAACUGAAUUGAGCAACUGGAACCCUCACACCCUGCUGGUGAGAGUAUAACUGCGCACAGUUACUUUGAAAAACUGUUUGGCAACACCUCAAAGCUGAACAUACAUCUACCCUAAGAUUCAGCAACUCUACCCAACAUAAACAUGUACAUGUGUCACCAAAAGACAUGCACACAGCAGCACUAUUUACAAUUGCCAGGACCUGGAAGGGCCCAGGAACAGAAUACUGGGUGAAUGCUUUGUGGCUUACCCACAGGACGGAAGGCUACAUGGCAACAAGGGGAAUGAUCACCAGUUAUACUCCACAUGGACGGACCUCAUAUGGACACCGUAUGCAGUGACAGGUGCCAACCCCAUCCUGUGGAGUCCUGUGGCAGAAUCCUGUCAUUCAAAUCUUUCUGCACUGGGACAAACAACUGAGGAUAUCUGACAAGGAAUCAAAUAGUGAAAAAGCAAGCAUGAAGUUUUCAAGCUGGUAUUGUUUUCUUCUGCUUCUCGUUAUUCAAACUGACUUUGGACAAAAUGAAGAAACUUCUAGGAAGGAAAGAAGGAAGAUGUAUUAUAGAAGACAGAGAAAAAGUUCCUCGCCCAUCCACAGAUCCAGUAGACAGCUUGGAAUUCAGCAAAUGAGGAUAGUUACACCAGCAGCAACACUUCCCAUGGUUAACUUGGAUUAUAGUACGGAGGAAAAGUUUGAAUCCUUUUUAAGAUUUCCCGGAGUAGAAGCAAGCUAUAAUGUGUUACCAGGAAAGAAAGGACACUGUUUGGCAAAUGGGAUGAUCAUGUAUAACAAAGCUGUAUGGUCUCCUGAGCCCUGCACUACCUGCCUCUGCUCGAAUGGAAGAGUCCUUUGUGAUGAGACCAAGUGCCACCCUCAGAUGUGCCCCCAAACAGUUACACCUGAAGGAGAAUGCUGCCCUGUCUGCUCUGAUACUGUAGCCUCCUAUUUGCUACUCAGUAGUAUAGCAUUAAAUGACAGAACUGAAUUUUCUGGUGAUUCUUCAGAACAAAGAGAACCUACCAGUUUACUUCAUAAGCAACAGCCGUCUCCUUGGGUGGAAAUGCAUCAAGCACUGAGAAAAGAGGAACUUCAAUUUGAGGAGGAAGAAGAAAUUAAACAAGAUGAAGAUAGGGAGCAAAAGGAAAAGAUCCCUAGACCUGGAGAUUGGGGGAGACCUCCCAAUGAGCGACAGAGCAGAGAAGGGGGAGAGCAGAGACCUGGAGAGAAGGGGAGGCAGGCCCAUCAACACAGAAACCCAGCAAGGGAGAAUGAGAAUGAGGAUGAGGACGAGGACGAGGACGAGGAUGACGAUGACGCCGUCAGAGGAGAUAUGUUCAGGAUGCCCUCUCAACUCCCAAUCCCAGCUACCCCCAGGGGCAUACCACCUCUGCCAAGCAGGUGCUCUCUGUCAUACAAAACCAUCUCCUGUAUCAGCGCCGACCUCACACAAAUACCACCGCUAACAGCACCAGAGAUAACAAGUCUGGAGCUCAUAGGCAAUUCUAUCACCUCCAUUCCGGACGAAGCAUUUAAUGGAUUACCGAAUUUGGAAAGGCUUGAUCUGAGCAGAAAUAAUAUCACCUCUUCAGGCAUAGGUCCAAAAGCAUUCAAGCUUCUAAAGAAGUUAAUGCGCCUGAAUAUGGAUGGAAACAAUUUGGUAGCGAUUCCUUCAGAACUACCAUCUACAUUAGAAGAACUUAAAAUCAAUGAGAACAAUCUUCAGGUUAUUGAUGAAGAAAGUUUAUCAGACUUAAAUCAAUUGGCCACCUUAGAAUUGGAAGGAAACAGUCUCAGUGAAACUAAUGUCAAUUCUUUAGCUUUCAAACCUUUGAAGAGCCUAUCCUACCUGCGUCUGGGAAGAAAUAAAUUUAGAAUUAUACCACAGGGUCUUCCUGCUUCUAUUGAGGAAUUAUACCUAGAAAAUAACCAAAUUGAAGAAAUAACUGAAAUUUCUUUUAAUCAUACCAGAAAGAUCAAUGUCAUUGUACUACGUUAUAAUAAAAUUGAAGAAAAUAGAAUUGCUUCUUUAGCCUGGAUAAAUCAAGAAAAUCUAGAAUCAAUUGACCUCUCCUACAACAAGCUCUACCACGUCCCCUCCUAUCUACCCAAGUCGCUGCUGCACCUUGUGCUCAUCGGCAACCAGAUAGAGCGCAUCCCUGGCUUUGUGUUUGGUCACAUGGAACCAGGCCUGGAAUACCUGUACCUGUCAUUUAAUAAACUUGUGGAUGAUGGCAUAGACCAAGUUUCCUUCUAUGGGGCUUAUCAUUCUCUGCGAGAGCUGUUUCUGGAUCAUAAUGAAUUAAAAUCUAUACCACCUGGGGUACCAGAAAUGAAAGCACUACAUUUUCUGAGAUUGAACAACAACAAGAUACGGAAUAUUCUUCCAGAACAAAUUUGCAAUUCUGAAGAAGAUGGUGAUUCAACCCUGGAACAUCUUCAUCUUGAAAACAACUAUAUUAAAACAAGAGAAAUAUCACCCUACGCAUUUUCAUGCAUAAGAUCAUAUUCAAGUGUCGUUCUUAAACCACAAAAUAUCAAGUAAUUCCACGUUUUUCUUUGUCAUUUGUAAAUUAUACUCACAUAUCUGUUUCAGUAGCAUCUUUCAUCAAUAAGAGAGAUAUAAUGUCAUGUUAUACUUAGUAUCAUUAUGCUAGCCAACCUGAUUCGCCAAUGCACAUAAGAACAACCAAAGACAUAUCUACAAGGUUUAGUCUUCUAGCAGUUUUAGUGAAGGUUUCAGUUUUACACUCUAGAAAGAGGCCAUCUCAUUGCACAGUUUUCUCAUGAGAAUAGGAUGUUGUGUGCUACUGAACUAGACUGGAAGAAUCUGGAACAAAAUAAGCAUGUCCUUUACAACAGAUCUUAGUAUUGCUAUUAGCUAAGAACUCCCUAAGUCCUUUUAAAAAUUAUGUAUAUUAUGGUUCAAGACCAAGAAGUUGAUAACAGGAAAAAAUAAUAGGUAGAAUUUAUGAACUAGUGUUCUGUUUAUUAUCCUACUGUUAAAGCAAUAAUUUAUUAAUUUUCUAUAAGACCCUAUGAUACAAUUACUGGUAUAAAUAAACUUAAUUAUUGUCUUAGCUUUAGUUCCUUUUAUUAAUUAUACGUGUGGAAUUGAAACACUACUAUAAAGUUAAUUUCCUGGUUUUGAGAAUUGUACUAUGGCUAAGUAUGUGGUUAUUAACAUUAGGGGAAGCUGGGAGAAGUGUAUAUGUGAAUUCUAUAUGAUUUUUGUAAUUUUUCUGUAAGUCUAAAAUUUUUCUGUAAGUCUAAAAAGUUUAACAGUAUUUUAAGAUCACCCUCAUUAUUCUUUGCUCAAGAUCAAAAGAUUUUAUGGGAAGCAGUGGAGUUUGCUUAAAAUAUAUGUUAAUUUUCCUUGACUAAACCUUGUAAAUGUAAACCUAAUGCAUAAAUUUAAAAAAAUUUUUGCUCCUCUGGUCAUUGUUAGUACCUCUUUUCUUUGCCCUAAUUUGCUCAAAUGUAUCCUUUUACUCAGUUCAAUUUAACAUAAAGCUAUUAGUAUUCACUAUGUACUAGACCCUAACAAAACCAUAUAAUAUAUUAAAAUUUUCAUUAUAUAA